UGUAUCCGGCUCACUCCUAUAUAAAAUGUCGCUAAUGACGCCCUCGAUGACGCCCUCGGACGGCACCCCGCUGCUUUCCUUGGUGCACAGGCAUGGAUGUUCGUUUUGUUGGUUUUGCAAUCGCUCUUUCUUCGUUGAAUGAAACUAUAGUCUCAAGGCAUUGGACCAUCGAGCAAACAUGCACCGACAAAAUUUGCUUUGUAAUUCCCACAGAUCCACAUGUCACCGGGCCGGGCAGAAAUCUGCAAAAUUUAUCAGUCAAUCAGCUUUAAUAGAGUCACAAUGGCGGUGGCCAGAGGCAGAAGAUAUGCAUUAUUUAAACCAUUGAGUCCGCUCAUGGUUUGGGAAAGUCUUGAUAUUCUUCUUUGCAAGUCAACUCGAAUAGAUCCGAUUUUAUAUCUCAAUCAGGAGACCAGCACUUCUCCCAUACGCCCAACAGAAAAUUCCAUUAUUUUGAUAUGAAGUCUGAACGCGCAAAUCCCACCUCAGAUACUGAGAGCCAGCCAUUGAGCCCUGAGCCACCUCCAGAUGGAGGCCUGACAGCAUGGUUACAAGUCUUCGCGGGUCAUUUAAUCAAUGCCGUGACCUGGGGAUAUGCAACCGGGUUCGGUGUCUUCCAAACGCAUUACGAGCAGACGCUGGGACAUUCUCCAUCGGAUAUCUCUUGGAUUGGUGGCGUGCAGGUCUUUCUGCUCUUUUUCAUUUCAACAUUCUCUGGACGAGCCACAGAUGCCGGCCUUGCUCGACAUAGCAUCUUUUCAGGUUCGGUUCUUCUGGUCGUGGGCACACUUACCACGAGCUUUGCGACAAAAUACUGGCAGGUCUUCCUUGCACAGGGAAUAUGUGUGGGAAUCGGCCUUGGCCUUUUGUGGCUGCCUAGCGUAACGCUGAUAGCAACAUAUUUUGUUCGUUGGCGCGCCGUGGCAGUGACAUUAUCCGCUGCAGGAACAGGAACGGGAAGUAUCAUCUUUCCGAUUAUGGUGCAAUAUUUGACUCCAAAAAUUGGAUUCGGGUGGUCUGUCCGAUGCAUGGCAUUGGUUGUCCUUGUCUUUGCCAUCAUUUUUAACCUGCUCUUCAAGACCCGCCUGCCGCCGCGACAGUCUGGGCCAUUUGUAGAGCUGAGUGCUUUCAAAGAGGCACCAUACUCAUUAUAUUGCAUUGGAGUACUUUUACUCUACUGGGUUGUCUAUUUUGCAUUCUUCUACGUCCAACCCUAUGCGCAGGGCAGAUUUGGCUUCAGUGAUCGCAAGUCUGUCGAUCUGAUUGUGAUUAUGAACGCCGUGGGGAUGCCAGUGCGGCCUCUAUUAGGCUAUGUAUCCGAUCGAUGGGUCGGGCCUCUGAACACGCUCAUCCCAUGUACCGCGCUCUCUGGUAUAUGUCUCUACUGCUGGCUAGCUGUAUCGACACCUGGCGAGCUGUACGGGUUCGUUAUUGCCUAUGGUGUCUUUUCUGCCGCGGCCAUGAGCUUGUUUGCCGCAACUGUGCCGUCCUUGACGGAUGAUUUGAGCAAGAUUGGUACCCGUGUCGGUAUGAUUGUUUCGAUUAUGAGUUUCGGACCGUUGACGGGCCCGUCCGUUGGUGGUGCUAUCAUUCAAAGUCAAGGAGACAAGUAUGUAGGUGCAUUUGUGUGGGGAGGAACCGUCGUCAUAGCAGCGGCUUUGUUCUUGGCAGCUGCGCGUAUUGCUAAGACUGGCUUUAUACUCAAAACAAAGAUCUAGAGAGAAAGUCUAACGAAUUUAUUUUUCCACUGUC